AUGCAUACAAAAUUUUUUCAAAUAGAUAUCUAUCUCUCUCUUUACUUUUCCCUCUCUCUUUACUUUUCCCUCUCUCUUUACUUUUCCCUCUCUCUUUACUUUUCCCUCUCUCUUUACUUUUCCCUCUCUCUUUACUUUUCCCUCUCUGAUAUUUUCUACCUACCACCCAUUUCAUUAUUUACACUGAUCUCCAUUCUUUCCCUAUUCUUGAAAUACCUCACCCUAUUUCUUAUUCUUUCUAUUCCUUACCUGCUUCACCCCUUUCUUACUGUAACUGUUUCUGUCUCUCUGCCUUGUCUCAAUCUAUUUCUUCAUCCCUGCAUUGUCUCUCUCUGUUCCCCACAUGAUCCCUGUCUUCACACUCUCAAUUACUCUCUAUUGACACAAGUCCCUACCUUGUCUUUCUUUCACACUUUAUCUACUAUCCUAUCCACACCAGGUCUCUCUCUCUACUCUCCAUUCUUACCAUCUAUCUAUUCACCUCCUAUCUUCGCCUUGUUUCUCUGCAUUCACACCUCUUUGUCACUCUCUUUGUCCAAACUUUGUCCUACUUUGUCGUUCUCUCUCUCUCUCUUGUGUCUGCCCUCUUUGUCGUUCUCUCUCUCUCUUGUGUCAGCCCUCUUUGUCGUUCUCUUUCUCUUGUGUCAGCCCCCUUUGUCGUUCUCUCUCUCUCUCUCUCUCGUGUCUGCCCCCUUUGUCGUUCUCUCUCUCUCGUGUCUGCCCCCUUUGUCGUUCUCUCUCUCUCGUGUCUGCCCCCUUUGUCGUUCUCUCUCUCUCGUGUCUGCCCCCUUUGUCGUUCUCUCUCUCUCGUGUCUGCCCUCUUUGUCGUUCUCUCUCUUGUGUCAGCCCCUUUGUCGUUCUCUCUCUCUUGUGUCAGCCCCCUUUGUCGUUCUCUCUCUCUUGUGUCAGCCCCUUUUUGUUCUCUCUCUCUUGUGUCAGCCCACUUUGUCGUUCUCUCUCUCUUGUGUCAGCCCCCUUUGUCGUUCUCUCUCUCUUGUGUCAGCCCCCUUUGUCGUUCUCUCUCUCUUGUGUCAGCCCCCUUUGUCGUUCUCUCUCUCUUGUGUCUGCCCCCAGUUCUCCCUUGUCUGUCCCCCUUUGUCGUUCUCUCUGUGUGUCUGCCCCUUUGUCGUUCUCUCUCUCUGUGUCUGCCCCCCUUUGUCGUUUCUCUCUCUCCUUUGUCUGCCCCCUUUGUCGUUCUCUCUCUCUCUCUCUGUGUCAUGCCCCUCUUUGGUGCUCUCUCUCUCUCCCGUACACAUGUCUGCCCCUUUGUCUCCUCUUUGGUCUCUCUCUCUCUCUCCCGUGUCUGCCCCUUUGUCUCUCUCUCUCUCCCCGUGUCUGUCCUCUUUGUCUCUCUCUUCUCUCUCUCUCUGCCCUCUUUGGUGCUCUCUCUCUCUCUCUCUCCCUGUCAUGUCCUCUUUGGUGCUAUCUCUCUCUCUCUCUCUCAUGUCCUCUUUGGUGCUCUCUCUCUCUCUCUCCCGUGUACAUGCCCUCUUUGGUGCUAUCUCUCUCUCUCUCUCUCCCCGUGUACAUGUCCUCUUUGGUGCUCUCUCUCUCUCUCCCCGUGUACAUGUCCUCUUUGGUGCUCUCUCUCUCUCUCUCUCCCCGUGUGCAUGUCCUCUUUGGUGCUCUCUCUCUCUCUCCCUCAUGUCCUCUUUGGUGCUAUCUCUCUCUCUCUCUCCCGUGUGCAUGUCCUCUUUGGUGCUAUCUCUCUCUCUCUCUCCCCGUGUGCAUGUCCUCUUUGGUGCUAUCUCUCUCUCUCUCUCUCCCGUGUGCAUGUCCUCUUUCUAUCUCUCUCUCUCUCUCCCGUGUGCAUGUCCUCUUUGGUGCUAUCUCUCUCUCUCUCUCCCGUGUGCAUGUCCUCUUUGGUGCUAUCUCUCUCUCUCUCUCUCUCCCGUGUGCAUGCCCUCUUUGGUGCUAUCUCUCUCUCUCUCUGUCUCCCCGUGUGCAUGUCCUCUUUGGUGCUAUCUCUCUCUCUCUCCCCGUGUGCAUGUCCUCUUUGGUGCUAUCUCUCUCUCUCUCUCUCCCCGUGUGCAUGCCCUCUUUGGUGCUAUCUCUCUCUCUCUCUCCCGUGUGCAUGUCCUCUUUGGUGCUAUCUCUCUCUCUCUCUCCCCGUGUGCAUGUCCUCUUUGGUGCUAUCUCUCUCUCUCUCUCCCCGUGUGCAUGUCCUCUUUGGUGCUAUCUCUCUCUCUCUCUCCCCGUGUGCAUGUCCUCUUUGGUGCCUAUCUCUCUCUCUCUCUCCCGUGUGCAUGUCCUCUUUGGUGCUCUCUCUCUCUCUCUGUCUCCCGUGUGCAUGUCCUCUUUGGUGCUAUCUCUCUCUCUCUCUCUGUCUCCCCGUGUGCAUGUCCUCUUUGGUGCUAUCUCUCUCUCUCUCUCUCUCCCUGUGCAUGUCCUCUUUCUCUCUCUCUCUCUCUGUCUCCCCGUGUGCAUGUCCUCUUUGGUGCUAUCUCUCUCUCUCUCUCUGUCUCCCCGUGUGCAUGUCCUCUUUGGUGCUAUCUCUCUCUCUCUCUCUGUCUCCCCGUGUGCAUGUCCUCUUUGGUGCUAUCUCUCUCUCUCUCUCUGUCUCCCCGUGUGCAUGUCCUCUUUGGUGCUAUCUCUCUCUCUCUCUCUGUCUCCCCGUGUGCAUGUCCUCUUUGGUGCUAUCUCUCUCUCUCUCUCUGUCUCCCGUGUGCAUGUCCUCUUUGGUGCUAUCUCUCUCUCUCUCUGUCUCCCGUGUGCAUGUCCCUUUGGUGCUAUCUCUCUCUCUCUCUCUGUCUCCCCGUGUGCAUGUCCUCUUUGGUGCUAUCUCUCUCUCUCUCUCUGUCUCCCGUGUGCAUGUCCUCUUUGGUGCUAUCUCUCUCUCUCUCUCUGUCUCCCCGUGUGCAUGUCCUCUUUGGUGCUAUCUCUCUCUCUCUCUCUCUGUCUCCCGUGUGCAUGUCCUCUUUGGUGCUAUCUCUCUCUCUCUCUCUGUCUCCCCUAUCUCUCUCUCUCUGUGCGUGUGCAUGUCCUCUUUGGUGCUAUCUCUCUCUCUCUCUCUCUGACUCCCCGUGUGCAUGUCCUCUUUGGUGCUAUCUCUCUCUCUCUCUGUCUCCCCGUGUGCAUGUCCUCUUUGGUGCUAUCUCUCUCUCUCUCUGUCUCCCCGUGUGCAUGUCCUCUUUGGUGCUAUCUCUCUCUCUCUCUCUGUCUCCCCUUUUGUGCAUGUCCUCUCUUGGUGCUAUCUCUCUCUCUCUCUCUGUCUCCCCCGUGUGCAUGUCCUCUUUGGUGCUAUCUCUCUCUCUCUCUCUGUCUCCCCGUGUGCAUGUCCUCUUUGGUGCUAUCUCUCUCUCUCUCUGUCUCCCCGUGUGCAUGUCCUCUUUGGUGCUAUCUCUCUCUCUCUCUCUGUCUCCCCGUGUGCAUGUCCUCUUUGGUGCUAUCUCUCUCUCUCUCUCUGUCUCCCCGUGUUCAUGUCCUCUUUGGUGCUAUCUCUCUCUCUCUCUCUGUCUCCCGUGUGCAUGUCCUCUUUGGUGCUCUCUCUCUCUCUCUCUCUCUCUCUCUCUCUCUCUCCCGUGUGCAUGUCCCUCUUUGGUGCUAUCUCUCUCUCUCUCUCUGUCUCCCCGUGUGCAUGUCCUCUCUAUCUCUCUCUCUCUCUCUGUCUCCCCGUGUGCAUGUCCUCUUUGGUGCUAUCUCUCUCUCUCUCUCUGUCUCCCCGUGUGCAUGUCCUCUUUGGUCUAUAUCUCUCUCUCUCUCUGUCUCCCCGUGUGCAUGUCCUCUUUGGUGCUAUCUCUCUCUCUCUCUCUGUCUCCCCGUGUGCAUGUCCUCUUUGGUGCUAUCUCUCUCUCUCUCUCUCUGUCUCCCCGUGUGCAUGUCCUCUUUGGUGCUAUCUCUCUCUCUCUCUCUGUCUCCCCGUGUGCAUGUCCUCUUUGGUGCUAUCUCUCUCUCUCUCUCUCUGUCUCCCCGUGUGCAUGUCCUCUUUGGUGCUAUCUCUCUCUCUCUCUCUCUCUGUCUCCCCGUGUGCAUGUCCUCUUUGGUGCUAUCUCUCUCUCUCUCUGUCUCCCCGUGUGCAUGUCCUCUUUGGUGCUCUCUCUCUCUCUCUCUCUGUCUCCCUCUUGUGCAUGUCUCUCUUUGGUGCAUGUAUCUCUCUCUCUCUCUCUCUCUCCCCGUGUGCAUGUCCUCUUUGGUGCUAUCUCUCUCUCUCUCUGUCUCCCCGUGUGCAUGUCCUCUUUGGUGCUAUCUCUCUCUCUCUCUGUCUCCCCGUGUGCAUGUCCUCUUUGGUGCUAUCUCUCUCUCUCUCUGUCUCCCCGUGUGCAUGUCCUCUUUGGUGCUAUCUCUCUCUCUCUCUCUCUCUGUCAUGUCCCUUUGGUGUGCUCUGUCCUCUUGGCAUGCUUUGGUGCUCUCUCUCUCUCUCUGUCUCCCCGUGUGCAUGUCCUCUUUGGUGCUAUCUCUCUCUCUCUCUGUCUGUGCAUGUCCUCUUUGGUGCUAUCUCUCUCUCUCUCUGUCUCCCCGUGUGCAUGUCCUCUUUGGUGCUAUCUCUCUAACAUGUUUACUCUCUUUGGCACACUCUCUCUCUUCUGUGUCUGCUCUCUUGAGUGUGCUCUGUCUCUCUCUCUCUUCUGUGUAACUUCGUGUUUCUCUCUCUAUGCUUUCUCAUAUCUCUUGCUUUCAUUCUCUCUUGCUCUCUCCCAUUCCCAUCCUUUGUUUCUUUCUCUGCUGCUUCUUUCUCUCUCUCUCUCUCUCUCUCUUCCAUGUCUCUCCCAUGUCCCCUUGUUUGUUUCUCUCUCCUGUCCACUUUGUUGUCUUUAUUCUUUUUCUGCCUUGUGUCUCCUUCUGUCUGUUUGUCUCUCUCCUUCCCUCAUGUCCCCUUCUACCACUCUCUCCAUCCUUCCCAUGUCCCGCUUUCUCUCACUCUGUCACUUGCUUCUUUCUAUUCUAUGUCCCUGUCUUGUCUCUCUCUCUCUUUCUCCACAUCAAUAUCCACCCCUUUACAUAUCUUUUUUUUUUUCUCUAAACAACUUUUUUCUUUUUUUCUCCCUCUUUACAUCUCUCCUUCUUGAUUUGAUUAUUUUCUUAUUCUUUCCUUACUCUUAUAUUUACUGCUUCUUUUUCAUGCUGACACCCUCUCUACAUCCAUUUUUCUGCCUCUCUCAUGUUCCUCUUCACUCACUCUAUAUACCAUUCUCUUUCUAUUUCUUGUGCCACCUACUUUUCUAUGUCCCUCUCUUUUUAACCUUAUGGCUACUUCUUUCUCUUUAUUCUAAAAGUCUUUUUCUCUCCCAUGUCUAA